GUUCUGCCCAAUUGAUAUUUAAUGAGACAGAUGGUGUUGAAAGAACUGCCUGUAAUAAAACUGUAAUUUUACCUUGCUAUGUGGCUAAUCUAAAGGAGCACGAUUCAAGUGUCAUGUUUGUUACGUGGAAAAAACAAGGAAAAAGAAUUUUUUCUUUUGAUGGAGCAAGACAGCAGUUUUUCAGAGAUCCAGCGUUUCCAUCAGCUAACUUAGUAUCUCAGGAAAAUUUAUCCAAGGGUAUUGCCUCUCUCAUGCUUAACAGUGCAGAAGCAGAUGCUGGAAAUUACAGUUGUGAAGUAACAGAAUCAAGCAGAGAAGGAGUAACAAGAGUUGAACUUAGAAACGGCUCAGUUGUCAGUUGCGACGAGGAAAAACCCCCAACACCAAAGGAUAAAUGUG